AUUAGUGUAUCAGUCCAUUUGAAUUCUUCAACACUAGCGGGCCGUUUUCCAGACAAAGAUGCGUCAGUUGGGCGUCUUGUUUUGGAAGAACAGCAUCCUGGUGCGGCGUCGGAAGUGGUUCGUCACUCUGCUGGAAUUCGCCCUGCCUCUCCUCCUUUUCACAGUCUACGCUGUUUUCUUUGCAAAAGAUGAUCUUCCGUCUAAUAACGACGGCGAAACGAACAAGCCCUUUUAUUUCAAGCCUCUUGUCCCAUCAGCUUUGGUCAAACUUCUAUUUGACAGGGAUGUCUUCUACGCACCGAGAAACAAUUUCACAGACACUUUGGUCUCCAGAGCAAGCAAUUAUGGAAAAUUCCAUGGCAUUAAAGGGUUUGACACUGAGGAAGAAUUACUGAUGUUCAACAAGACAGAACAGAUCGUUGGCUUGAUCUUUGAGGGAGAUGCUGCCUCGUCUGUGAACGGCCAGGUGCCGAAGAAACUCGACUAUAAGAUCAGAAUUAGGCAAAAUUUUGAAACAGAUACACAAAUUAAUAUCCGAUCGAAAUGUCCAGGAUAUUUUGAACUAGUUCAAAAUCCAUACGUAUCGACUGGCUUCCUUGGAGUCCAAAUGGUCACUAACAAAGCAUUCAUUGAGCUCGCCCAAUCCCAAGAAGAGCAGAAACCACCUGAAAACAUCCACGACCAGAUUCUUCUUCAAAAUAUGCCUUGCCCGCCAUAUUCAUACGACCAAAAUCCUAUCAACAUAUUUCCCUAUCUUUGCAUGUUUAGUUUCUUGAUCCUAUGUGUCACUGUAACCAAACGAAUUGUCGAGGAGAAACAAACUGGCGCUAAGGAACUCAUGAUGCUGAUGGGCAUGGAAAAGUGGACUUUCUGGGUUGGCUGGUUCAUCGACGCUCUGCUCGUCAAAGCCUUGACCAUCGCCUUCAUCGUUUAUAUUCUGAAAACUACAAUUAACGAACAUGUCAUUUUGACCGAGACGAGUCCAUCUCUUUUGUUCGUCAUGUUUUUCAUUUAUUGUGCCAGCGCCAUUGUCUUCCUCUUCGCCCUCAGCACAUUCUUCUCUGGCCCCGUCUUCGCAAUGAUUGUGAGUCUGUUGGUCUGGAUGCUGCCGUUUGCCAUCUCUUCUGAAAAAUACUUAAACUCUGGAUUCUUCACCAAGUGUCUCUACAUGCUGUUUCCUAAUAUGGGCCUUUUCUUCAGCUUUGAUUCGGUUAUUAAACUCGAGGAAAGGGGCGUUGGUGCCCAGUGGAGCAACUUUUACACGUCUCAAUCAGCACAAGACGUGUCUAUUUUACAAGUGUUUAUCAUGUAUCUAAUUGACAUCGUCCUCUACUCCAUCAUUACCUGGUACGUCAGCGAAGUGAAUCCUGGCGAGUACGGCUACAAACAGCCGUAUCUGUUCUUUGCCACAAAGUCGUACUGGUUUGGAGGAACAAAUAAAAAAAUAAAUUUAACGAAGGUUUUACGUUUAGUCGAAGACCCUGACAUCCUGAGUAAAGAGAACUACGAACGGCCCCUGACGAAUAACAUGGCUGAUGACAGGAUUGGAAUCUCCGUCAGGAACCUGACAAAAUCAUAUCCUGGCAAACUGGGCGGUCCACCUGUCAAGGCGGUGCGUGGCGUCUCGCUGGACAUCUACAAGGGCGAAAUCACGGCCCUUCUCGGUCACAACGGCGCUGGAAAAACGACCACGAUGUCCAUUCUAACUGGAAUGAUUUCUCCUUCCGAUGGCUUGGUGAAGGUUUUGGGACUCGAUCUGAAUAACAACCUCCCGCUUUUGAGAAAGUCCAUUGGGCUGUGUCCGCAGCACAACUUGCUCUUUGGAGAGCUCACAGUUAAACAACACCUCGUCUUCUUCGCCGUGUUGAAAGGAAAAUCAAUGAAGGACGCAGAGAUAGAAGCCAAAGAACUUUUGCGCACUUUUCGUUUGGAUUCUAAGAUGGACGCGUUGGUGUCCGAGCUGUCUGGGGGCAUGAAGAGGAAACUGCAGUUGGCUAUAGCCCUCGUCGGAGGAUCAAAGGUUGCGAUAUUGGACGAGCCCACUUCCGGCCUUGAUCCUGAAGCAAGGCGAGAGAUCUGGGACAUUCUGCUGAGUUUCAGGGAAAACAAAACCAUACUGUUGAGCACGCAUUUUAUGGAGGAAGCAGACGUGUUGGGUGACACAAUAGCGAUUAUGUCGCAUGGAAGGAUGGACUGUUGCGGCUCGACCAUGUACUUGAAGAGACUCUUUGGUGCUGGAUAUCGCCUGAACCUAUUGACAACGAAUAACUGCGACCAAAACUCGCUGCAGAACGCAGUCAAAAAUGUUCUUCCGGAAGCAAUAGUUGAAAAGUCUUCGCAAGAUACGACAGACUCGGCAAAUAGAGGUCCUAUCACAUUCACCCUGCCAACGGAAAAGGUGGACCAAUUCCCUAGGCUAUUUGAAGUACUUGAAACUUUAAAAGACGAUCUUGGAAUUUCUAGUAUUGGAGUCUCUAUCACAACCAUGGAAGAAGUGUUUUUGAAGGUUGGAGAUUUGUCAGCAAGAAAAUAUGAUAACAAGAGUUUGAGUGAUUUUGACAUUACGAACAGAGGGAUGGACAACCCGUUAAUUACCCAGACGAUCAAAUUAACCGGAAUUGCCCUCUUUUUCGAGCAGUUCCGUGCGCUCUUAGUGAAAAAAGUUACCUUCUCCAAGAAACACUGGUUCCUCCUGCUUCUUCAGGUUCUUCUACCUAUUUUGUUAUCUGUGACUGCGGUUUUGUUGUCAUAUCCUGGCGAGGAGGUGGUCCAUGACUCCAACUCUACGAUGCCCUUAAAUCUGGGAUAUUAUAGCUCAGAUGGCACUUUGAAGGUGCUAUACGAAAGUGAUUCUUCUAAUCAGACAGAACUAUUCGCGAAAACCUUCGAAGAGAACUUGCGAGGGAAAGCCAAUGCAAUUAAAGUUGAUGAGCUUCAAGAAAAAUUAAUUGAUAUUGGAACCAAAAGCCUUACGGAUUACCUAUUAAACUACAUCGUUGCAGCGAAAAUCACUUCUGAAAAUGAGGCCCUGAAAGUCACCGGCUUCUAUAGUUUUUCCACUUCACAUUCCGCACCAAUUUCUUUGAAUUUGAUGUCAAACGCAUUACUGAACUACCACCUUCCAUCAGAGUACCAAAUCUCAACCGGAAACCAGCCAAUCCCACUCAAAAAAGAAUUUGAGAAAAUCAGUUAUUAUAGUUUAGUCGCCGCAACAUGGCUGGGGCUUGCACAUCUUGGCUGGAUUUUCGCCACCUCUAUCAAUCUGAUUCUGCCUCUUCAGGAAAGGGUUCUCGAAUCAAAGCAGUUACAGAUGAUGACCGGCUGUCCUGCGUAUCUGAUUUGGCUGAGUUAUUUUGUGAUUGACGCGUUGAUCAGCUCGGUCGUGGCCAUUCUCGUCCUUGUUGUGGUAUACCUGGUUGACACGUUGCACAUUUUUACCUCCGGACCUGCACUGGGAGUUUUGUUAAGCAUUUGGUUGUUGAAUGGACUGUGUGGAACGAUGUUCGCUUACUUCAUCAGCAUGGUGUCGGAUAGUGUCCCCUCUGCAUUCAGCCUCAUUACUAUUCUAUCCAUUUUUAUUGGUAUAAUCAUCAACUUUGUCAUUUUGGAUUUGGAAUCUGCGAUAACACCAAUAAAAUACACAGUAGCUGUCAAAACGAUUUCCGGCCUGAUUCUGCCACAUUCUACCCUGAUUUCAAGCCUCUUUCACUUCUCUGGAACGGCCGCUUACAACUCGAUUUGCAAAAUUAUACCUGAAUCGGAAAAAAAAUCAAUUUGUGAUUUUGGGUCGCCUUUUUUCAUGUGCUGUGAGAGGCUAUGUGAAAAUAUGUGCUACCAACCUGCUUCGUACAUCUGGCGCGACAAAAAUUAUGAAGGACCCUAUUGGCCUGUUAAAGCUGGAGGAAUCGGCCAAGAACUUAUCUGUUUCACAAUUGCAAUUGUCUUUUGGGGCACUAUAGUCCUCAUGCUCGACUCCGGCUACUCCAAUCGUAUUUUUGAAACGGUUCACAACAAUACUGAACAAAUAAGGCCAACAGUCGAGGCUGACGGCAAUCAAGAAGACGAAGACGUGCGCGAGGAGAGGAAACGAGUGGACAAAAAUUUCGAAAGUCCAAUUGCAGAUUCAGUCCUUGCUGUAAAAUCGCUACAAAAACGGUUCGGGCAGAAAGAUCGCUUCUUUGCAGUGAAAGGCGUGAGUUUCAGGGUGGAGCGUGGCGAGUGUUUCGGCCUGCUCGGCGUCAACGGCGCUGGAAAGUCGACCACGUUCAAAAUGCUCACAGGGGCUGUUCGUCCCACCAAUGGCGAUGCUUCGCUCAGACAAUUCACACUCAAGAGUGAACUACGCAAAUUUUUGACAGGAAUCGGCUACUGUCCUCAAACCAACGCACAGCUUGGAGUCCUGACUGGCAGGGAAACUCUGCACUUGUUCGCUCGACUCCGCGGAAUGCCCAGAGACCAAAUUAAAGAAGUGGUGAACAAGUGGUUGGUGGCUCUCGGUUUGAUGGAGUACGCGAACAGACCGGCUGGGACCUACAGCGGAGGCAACCAGCGCAAAUUGAGCGCCGGAAUUGCCCUGAUUGGCGAGUCUCCAGUCGUGCUCCUCGACGAGCCGACAAGCGGCGUCGAUCCGGCUGCCAGGAGACAGCUUUGGCAGGUGCUGGCCUCGUGCCAAAAGGCCGGACAGUCGAUUGUCCUCACGUCCCACAACAUGGACGAGUGUGAAGCUCUUUGCUCGAGACUUGCCAUCAUGGUCGCCGGAAAGCUGGUUUGUCUCGGGCCGAUCGGCCACCUGAAGAACAAAUUCGGACAGGGCUACACCCUGAUGGUGAAGGUCCAGAUGGUGGUCUCAAAUAACGACGACGAGGCAACGUCCCUUGCAGUCACGCAGCUGUCCAAUCUGAAGAACGACAUCCAGAUGAAAUUCGCACCGUGCGAAUUGAUCGACGAGCAUAUCGGUUUUCUGCACUACCAACUCAAGGGAACCGGAAGGAAGUGGGCUGAAAUGUUCAAGGAAAUGCAGAGUUUGAAGAACAUGCACACCAUCUUGGAGGACUACACUUUGAGUGAGACAACUUUGGAGCAGUUGUUCCUGUCGUUUGCACAGCAGAGAGACCCAAUUAUUAAUUAGGGCUUUCAUUUGAUUAAAAUUUGUGGUAUUUUCUGUAAUGGUUAAAAGUGAUUGAUAGCGUCGUCAUAAUAUCUUCAAAAGCCUGUCUUUCUUCAAGGUCUGAUUUUCUCGGCUUCUC